AUGUCUUCUUCAAUUCGUCCAAUGGACAUUGUUGAAAAAUCACCAUAUGUUCACGAAGAACCAUUGACUUGUGGUGGAAAAGUCAAAAGAUGGUGCAAGAAGUAUUUGCUCGAAGGACAACAUUUGGAUGAAGAGCAAGCUGAGAAAUUGGCAAGUUUGCCAGAAAAUCCAACUAUCAGUGAUUUGAUCUUCAUCAAAUAUCGCAAAUUCUUUGCCAUGUUGAUUCCAUUCACACUUAUUUGGGUGAGUUCUUGGGAAAACCUAUUUUGGUUUCGAAUUCAAGAAGAGAGCCACUCUUUGCAAGGGAACUUAUUUCGAGUUCCUAUUCAAACUCAGACCUUUGCAGAGUGUUUGGUGGAGUGCCGCUUUCCGCCAUGAUUUCUUCCAAUUCUACCCAGAUUAUUGGCAUAUGCCAGUCACAAUGAUUCUUGGUUCAUUCGUCGGUGGAAUGACAUCUGAGGGUUCGGGAGCUGUCGCUUUUCCAGUUAUGACUUUGGCUCUUCAUAUUGCUCCAGGUAUUGCUCGUGAUUUUUCAUUGAUGAUUCAAUCGAUUGGAAUGACUUCUGCUUUGGUUUGCGUACUUUUCAUGAAAGUCAAAUUCGAAGAAAGAGCUGUUAUUUUGGGAGCACUCGGAGCUGUUCCCGGAUUUAUUAUUGGUGUUCACUGGGUAAGAAUUCCACUCUUUCUUUGGGUUUUGAAAUUCAUUAUUUUCUAGAUUGACCCACUUUUCACUGGACCACAAAAGAAAAUGUUAUUCGUUUCAAUCUGGACAGCCUUCGCUUUCGCUCUCGGUAUUCUCAACGCUCAAAAGAAACGUUCAACAUUCCGUGAAAUCCCCGAAUUCUGCGCAUGGAAAGGAUGGGUUUUGUUCUUCACUGGUAUUAUUGGAGGAAUCUUUGAUGCUUUUGCUGGAUCAGGAAUCGAUAUUUGCAUUUUCUCAGUCAUCACUUUAUUGUUCCGUGUCACCGAAAAAACAGCUACUCCAACAACUGUUGUUUUGAAGGGAGCAAUCGCUGUGUUCGGUUUCUAUUAUCGUGCUGUUAUGAUGGGAGAUAUUGAUCAAAUGGCAUGGAGAUAUUUCUGUGUUUCAGUUCCAGUUUCUUCAGCAACUGGACCAAUUGGAUCAUUCCUCGGAUCACAUUUGCAUCGACAAGUUGUUGCUGGAUUUGUCUAUGUUCUUGAGAUUAUUGCAUUAGUUGGUUUCUUGUGCACAAGACCAGCUUGGCAAUUAAUUGCUGUUGGUGGAAUUAUCAUCUUCGGUGGUUUCGUCUUCUUCUCAAUUUUAUCCAAAGCUGGAUCACUUUUGAUGGAAAGAAUUGAAGAGCGUCAAAACAAAGAGGCUCGUAGAACUGGAAUCACUCAACACUAA